GGGGCCCCAUUUCUUUUUCCCAAAUGUUCGUCCACUUGACCAAAAUCCUUUCCACUGAUAUGAUGAAUUCUUUCUCAGCCGGCCAAUAGAAUUUAGAAAUCGGUCGGAAUUAUUGUUUCGCCGGCGAAGAUGGAAACCAGAAUUCCUAGCUGUAACCGGAAGCAGAGCAGCAGCCGGCAGAUGUCAAUGUCCGAUACGGAGUCACAGAUGGAGACGACGUUCCACUCCCCUGAGCAAUCUGACUCGCCCUUUCGCGACCCGUUUUGGGAAUCAAACUCAAAGGCGGCGGCGGCUCUUCCUCCUCCUCCUCACCCCAAAGCAAUACUUGAGAAGUACUACUCCCCCCAGCGGUCCCCUGCCGCAAAGCUGCAGUUUGACCGCCGCUCUUCUACAAGGAACGAUUCAACGGCGACCAGCCUCCGAGGAGGCGUUGAGGAUGGACGGAGAUCCGCGUCGCCACCAGCUGGCGGCAUGCUUAGCACAGCGGCUAAUUUAGUGCUUAGGGUUGCCCAAGCGCUCUUCUGCCUCAUUUCCUUCUCCGUUAUGGCGGCUGAUCAAACUCAGGGUUGGACUGGUGACUCGUGGCACCGAUACAAAGAGUACAGAUCGCUCUGUUGAACUUUGAUUUCCUAAUAUCUGUUGGAGUUGAAAUAGGGGGACGAAGAUCGCUUUCAGUGGCAUGUCCCAGAAAGUCGUCCAUGAAAGAAGAAUCAUCUGAUUGAUAAUAAUUGUCUGAUGCGUCUGAGUAAGCCUGAACAAGCAUGAGACGUUCUACUGGAGUUGGAGAGUUUUGUUUCUCUGAGUAGGCUCCUUGAAUUUGUUCACUCUCCCAUUUUACUUGGAUUCUGACUACCCACGGUCCGGUGAUCCAUCGACAUCUAAGCAUGGGGUUUGUAAAUCCCGUUUCCAACAAUCAAAAAAUGAUAAGAUGGGAAUAGAGAAGAGAAGAAACCUUGUAUUGAAUAUGAGAUUGAUGUUUGCUAUUACAGAGAAAAUGUUCCAAUACACGUGUGCGGUUGUCUCUCUCUACAGAAUGUAAUGAAUGCCUAGCUAUUAUGCCUACAAUUCUUAGGGUUUACGUAAGUUAGCCUUCCUUGUAUAGAAAAGGGUGCUAACUUAUGUACUACAAAGUGCUAAAUGGGCUCAAAUAUAAGAGUGACCCCUAUUAAAUAACUAAUAUAAUAACAACACAAAUACAAAGAUAAAUAACAUGAGAUUGGUUUGAAAACAAUAAACAGUUCUAACAAUCUCCCCUUUUGUGUUCAAUCAGCAUUGCAGCGUGAGUAUCUUUGUAUUUGUGUUGAAUCUGCAAUGUAGAGGAGGGGGAAUAUGAGAUUGGUUGAGUUGCUCCUCUUUUAUCUUGAUCUUCAUUGCAAUUCAGCUUCCUUGUUUUGCCUUCUUCGAAAGGCUUCCUGAAAAAAUCAAUACAAUCUCCUCUUUGAUGUAUUCUGUCAAUUUGUUCUUUGAUGAAGGGGUUUUGGGAUCUUCAAAUUCAAAUGUUGUAUGUAGCCAUUGCCUUUCAUAUGUUGUUCUUGAUUAGCUUAAAUGAAGUCCGAUGGCGCCUCCAGUGUGAAUGUUUUUAAGAGUUCCAGGUGCACACGAGAUUCAUCUUCAGGAUUUGGUUAUCCGACCUCUACCUCUUACAGAAUGUAGCCUUUUUGACUAUUUGAUGCGAAAGAUCUUGAGCAACAGUUGUUGAUGGCACAUUGGGAAAUGAUGGUCGAUUUGUAAAUAUAGUUGACCAUUUAAUUUGAAGCUGAUUUUGCAGUUAUGUUGAAUUAGAGAGAGUAGAGAGUCAUCACCUUUUGUCAUGUGAUCCAAUGAAUCAGGACGUCAUGCCUUUAUUCAUCCUUUUAUUCUGGGUAACAAAACAAAAACAAAAAAUAAGGUAAAGACCGUAAACACAUUGGCGUUCUGUUACCAUAUAAUCAAUGAAAAACACUCAUGUGUGGCCUGCAUAAAAUGAUAGAAAUGUUACAGUUUUAAUAGGAUUUCCAACCAAUCCUCAUGAAUCAUUUAAAUCAAAUGUCACUCCAGUCGUUAUGACAUGAGCACAUGGAUCAACAAAUAAAGUGUAUCCAUGGGGUCACGUAGACGCCCGUUAUCAUCACUAUAGAGGUAAACUCCAAAGGAUGACCAAAACACGUUGGUGAUAUCGAUGUUGCAAUGUCAAGACUUCAUUCCAAUCAUUGGACUGCAUCCAUCAAAGAUGAGCCUAAGGAAAUUCUCGCACGGCCACGUGGAUCAUCAAUUGACUUCAAAAUGUGUCUAUCUCCUCUAAAAUUCAAAACAUUUAGGAGUGAGGUAACUAGACACAACGUGAUCAAUGAAAGUUCAGUGGUGUGGGGCUAAGCACCACUGUAGUUAGUAUCACUCACCUCGAAAGGAGACAAUGAUAAAAUAUGAGAUUCCCCUUGAAAUUUGAUCAAUCACCUAUUUGUUGGGAGACAAAUGAGUGAUCUAGGGUAGGGUUGUGCAUGCAUCGUUGGAUAAGAUGCAACGACUUCUAGAUGGGAUCUCAUUAAAUCGAUCUUGAACCUAUGAGGAUUGUUUGUAGAAUUUGAGUGACUAAGAUUGAUUCCUUGAUUGAUAGCGCAAUUGAGGUAGCAUAAUUGUCUUUGUUUAUUAUUUUCUUGCUCACUUGAGUCUUCUGUUUGCUCUCUUUUAAUAUGUUCACUCACACUCAGCUUUGUCCUUUAAGUAGGCUCAGUUGGGGUUUACUGAGCCAUUGGGACUCUUUCUGUAAUUGUUCUUUGCUUCCCCUCAAUAAGAGCACUCGAUAUGAUUCAUUUGACGUUGUUUGGAGCUUGGUAGGACAACUUUGAAAUUCUCACUCAAAAGGCAUCACGAAGAGUGACAAAGAAACACUCUCCCUCAGAGUAUGCACUCAACAUGUGUUGGCAUUGAGGUAUUGUUUGGCAGUAAAUGUAAUGGGAUUUGUAUAUUCUGGAUUUCAAGGGUUUAAUAUAUCGUACCGCUUGGCCACAAACUCAUCCACCUAUUGUGCUCUACGUUAUCAUCUUGAUUUUGUGAUGGACCAGAUUUUGGCUUACCUAUUGAUGUCGGCAUCAUCAUCGGCGGCAACAAGGGUGGAGGAUUGGGUAUCCAAUUGGGGGGAAGAUGAGUUCACAAAAAUGGCGACCGCCUCCAUUGCCAUGUCUUUCUUUGCCUUUCUCGCCUUCGCCUCCGCCUCUCUCGCCUCUGCUUAUUGUCUCUCUAAUCAUCGUUUCAAUAACAACAACCCUUCAGCGCUCGGCUCGUAGGAAGCUAAGUAUUUACUCAAAUCGAUUGAGUCAUGAGUUGUGUUGCUUUAAAUAAAGUAUUAAGUGAUUUUAGAAUUUUUAUUACGUUAUUUGAUGAGUAUUCAAUUGAUUUCAGUGUAAGUAUUUAGGCAUCUAAAUACUCAAUCUAAAUACUUACAUUAUUUCAAUUGAUUUUAUUUACAUUAUUUUAUGUUAUUACAUUAUAGUAGUAAAUUCAUUAGAUGGCUCUGCCUAUCCUAUAUAAAUUCAUGGGAACUACGAACUUGUAACACUGAACCCAAAUUUUACCCAGAGAUUUUUUUUCAUCAA